AUGUCCGAGCUUGCUGAUAUUGAGCAUGUGGAGAAGGAGGAUAAUGAAAGCCUCAAGAAGAAGAGAACCUUCAGAAGAUACACAUACAGGGGAGUUCCUAUGGAGGAGCUUGAAAAGAUGUCGUUUAGUGAAGUUGCAAAGCUCUUUCCAUCAAGACUUCGCAGAAAGGUCAGGAGAGGCCUUUCCUCACGGGAGGUGCAGCUGAUCAAGGACUGUAUUGCAACAAAAGCAGCAUGCACCUUUAACACUGAAAAGCCUGAGAUGGUGCGCACCCAAGCAAGAUCUGCCAUUAUAUGGCCGGUGAUGAUCGGAGCCUUAGUUGGAGUUCAUGUCGGGAAUGGAUAUCUACCCAUUGAGAUCAAGCCCGACAUGGUAGGGUUUAAGCUAUCUGAGUUUGCACCAACCAGAGUUAUUCCAAAGCAUGGUAGGCCUGGGAUAGGAGCAAGUUCUUCUUCGAAGUUUGUUCCGUUGAAAUAA